AUGUGGGUUUUGGGGCCCCCAACGCUCCUUCUGCUGCUUUGUGGACGCCUGGCCGUGAAGGAGACCUGGGCUGACUCCCUGAGAUAUUUCUACACCGCCGCGUCCCGGCCCGGCCACCCGAGGCCCCACUUCCUCCUUGUUGGCUACGUGAACGACAUACAGUUCCUGAGGUUCGACAGCGACUCGGAGAGUCGGAGGGCGGAGCCGCGGGCGCCCUGGAUGGAGCAGGAGGAGCCCAGCUAUUGGGACCUGAGCACCGGAAACGCCAAGGCCACUGCACAGACCUUCAGAGGGAACCUGCAGACCCUGCGCGGCUACUACAACCAGAGCCAGGACGGGUCUCACACCUUCCAGUGGAUGUUCGGCUGUGACAUGGGGCCGAAUGGGCACCUCCUCCGCGGUUAUCACCAGUUCGCCUACGAUGGCACCGACUACAUCGCCCUGAACGAGGACCUGCGCUCCUGGACCUCAGCUGACAUCGCAGCUCAGAUCACCAGGCGCAAGUGGGAGGAGGCCGGAGAGGCUGAGGAAUGGAGACACUUCCUGCAGGAGGACUGCCUGGAGUGGCUGCACAGACACCUGGAGAAAGGGAAGCAGGUGCUGCAGCACACAGACCCUCCAAAGACACACGUGGCCCACCACCCCAUAUCUGACCGCGAGGUCACCCUGAGGUGCUGGGCCCGGGACUUCUACCCUGCGGACAUCAGCCUGACCUGGCGGCGUGAUGGCGAGGAGCAGACCCAGGACAUGGAGCUUGUGGAGACCCGGCCUUCGGGAGAUGGGACCUUCCAGAAGUGGGCGGCCCUGGUGGUGCCCUCUGGAGAGGAGCAGAGAUACACCUGCCACGUGGAGCAUGAGGGGCUGCCCCAACCCCUGACUUUGAGAUGGGAGCCGUCUUCUUGGGGUAUCAUCCCCCUAGUGGGUGUCAUUGUGGGCCUGGUCAUCCUUGAAGCUGUGAUCACUGGAGCUGUGAUGUGGAGGAGGAGGAAGCACUCAGGUGGACAAGGAGGGAGCUAUGCUCAGGCUGCCAGCAGCGAUAGUGCCCAGAGCUCUGAUGUAUCUCUCACUGUUUCCAAAGCAUGA